UACAACAGUGCUCGCCUGCUCACGUUCAGCUGCGCCCAUCUAGAGGAUAGAGCGAACAGAAACAAACCCGUUCCCUGCCAAAAACUGGAUAUCUCACUACGGGAGCUGUAAUUAAUCCAUUCUGGAUGUACAGAAGCCUCUCUGUAUGGAAAAAUCGCUUUCUUGUGAAAACAUUGGUGCUUCUGUAGUGGAACGUAAACUAAUUUGGGGACAGUAUGUUCAACUUGAUGAAAAAAGACAAGGAGAAGGAUGGCGUCAGGAAGGAGAAAAAAGACAAGAGAGACCGGAGGGAACGGAUGUCAGCGGCUGAGCUCCGAAGCCUGGAUGAGAUGAGCAUGAGACGGGGUUUCUUCAACCUCAACCGGAGCUCCAAACGGGACUCCAAGAACAAGUUGGAGAUCUCGAACCCGAUACCUAUUAAAGUCGCCAGCAGCACUGAGCUCAACCUGACCGACAUUGAGUCGGAUGGCCUCAGUAACCGCAGCAGCAUGGUUCUGGAUGCAGAUCAGCUCAGCGCGGCCAGUUCCAGUGACGAUCUGAAGGGUGAUUACGGCCAAGAUGGCCACCGGAGCUCUGUUAAGGAGCGGGCGGCCAGAUUCGGCUCCCUCGCCAUGCAGAACUCACAAAUGGGUUCCAUCAUGAAGCGCUUCUCCUUUUCUCAGAGGAAUAAAGAAGAAAGUCCAUCCGAAGGUUCCACACCUUCUGGGCAGAACUCGGCUGCCCCGUCUCCACAGGUAGAAAGCAAGAUCUUUGACCCCCAGCGUAAGCCAAGUCUCCAGAAUCAUCUGCAAAAACCUUCUACUGGGAAAAAGGUGCAGAUUCCUGAGAUUGUGGAUAAGACGUUUCCAGCAGACCUCCGGUUGCCUGCGGUUGUGCCACCGCAGACGCCUGAAGUUCGCGAACUGGUUCUUCAGAGGCGGAACACUGGGGAUUUUGGGUUCUCCUUGCGGCGCACCACCAUGUUGGACCGUGGCACGGAUGGAGGUGUAUAUCGCAGAGUGGUCCACUUUGCGGAACCAGGUGCUGGUACCAAGGACCUGGCUCUUGGGUUGGUUCCCGGAGACCGGCUGGUGGAGAUCAAUGGGCGAAAUGUGGAGAACAAGAACAGGGAUGAGAUCGUGGAGAUGAUUCGGCAAUCAGGCGACACGGUUCGGCUGAAAGUUCAGCCCAUCCUGGAGUUAAGCGAGCUGAGCCGAUGCUGGCUGAGGAACACCGAAGGGCUGCGGCGGGAAGCAUUUGACGAACAGGUGGAGGAGGAUCCCGUGGCAAUCCUAAAGGCAGACCAUGCUGCUGCCGCCCAUCCUAAGGUGAAAACAGAGGAGCAGAUCGCCGCAGAGCAAGCAUGGUAUGGUUCAGAGAAGGUGUGGCUGGUCCACAAGGAUGGAUUCUCUCUGGCCACUGUGGUGAAGACAGAGACUGGCAGUCUACCAGAGGGGAAAGUGAAAAUCAAACUGGAGCAUGAUGGGACAGUACUGGACGUGGACGAGGAUGACAUCGAGAAGGCGAACCCGCCGUCAUUUGACCGCUGUGAGGACUUGGCAGCUCUGCUCUACCUGAAUGAGUCCAGUGUCAUGCAUUCCUUGCGCCAGCGCUAUGGAGGAAAUCUCAUCCACACAUACGCAGGACCCAACAUGGUGAUCAUCAACCCUACUAGCGCCCCCUCCAUGUACUCAGAGAAGGUGAUGCACAUGUUCAAAGGCUGUCGACGAGAAGACACAGCCCCUCAUAUAUAUGCAGUAUCCCAAUCCGCCUACCGAAACCUUUUGACAACACGACAGGACCAGUCCAUCGUACUGCUGGGAAAGAGCGGUAGUGGCAAGACCACAAACUGCCAGCAUUUAGUCCAGUACCUGGUUUCUAUCGCUGGCAGCGCUGGAAAGAUCUUUACUGCUGAGAAAUGGCAAGCGGUCUACACAAUCUUAGAGGCCUUUGGAAACAGUGCCACCUCCAUGAACAAUAACGCAAGCCGCUUCUCCCAAAUCGUCUCACUGGAUUUUGACCAGGCUGGUCAGGUGGCCUCAGCCUCUAUUCAGACCAUGCUGCUGGAGAAGCUGAGAGUGGUAAAAAGACCAGAGACUGAGUCCACUUUUAAUGUUUUUUAUUACAUGAUGGCUGGAGCAGACAGCACACUUAGAACGGAGUUGCAUUUUAACCACUUUGCUGAGAACAGUGCUUUUGGAAUUGUGCCUCAAACUAAGUCUGAGGACAAGCAAAAGGCAUCACAACAGUUCACUAAACUGCAGGCAGCUAUGAAGGUGUUGGGCAUCUCUUCUGAUGAACAGAAAGCUCUGUGGCUCAUCCUUGGAGCCAUAUACCACCUUGGAGCUGCGGGGGCCACGAAAGCAGAGGCUGAUGAAGCGGGCCGGAAGCAAUUUGCGCGUCACGAGUGGGCACAGAAGGCAGCUUACCUCUUGGGUUGUACCCUAGAAGAGCUCUCGUCUUCUAUCUUCAAACACCAGCCCAAAGGAACCUUACAGAGAUCCACCUCGUUCCGCCAGGGACCAGAUGAUGUUGGGACAGGAGACAACUCGGCUCCAAAGAUCACAGCUCUGGAGUGUCUGGAGGCCAUGGCUGCUGGGCUCUACUCUGAACUCUUUACUCUGGUCAUCUCGCUUGUUAACCGAGCGCUGAAGUCGAGUCAACAUUCCCUGUGCUCUCUGCUUAUUGUGGACACACCGGGAUUCCAGAACCCAAAGCUGACCAAGCGAGACCGUGGAGCCACCUUUGAGGAGCUGUGCCACAACUACACCCAAGAACGUCUCCAAACGCUUUUCCACGAACGUACUUUUGUACAGGAGCUAGAGCGCUACAAGGAGGAAAACAUAGAGCUUGCAUUAGAUGACAUAGAGUCCAGUACAUCACUGUCUGUAUCAGCUAUAGACCAAGCCUCCACUCAAGCAUUGGUACGGACCUUGGCCAGGACAGAUGAGGCGAGGGGCCUGCUGUGGCUGAUGGAGGAAGAAGCUCUGCAGCCCGGGGGCUCGGAGGAAACUCUAUUGGAGAGACUCUUCAGUUAUUACAACCCUGUGGAUGGAGAGAGCAAAGGCCCCGCCCUGCUGCUGAAGAGUGAGAAGGCGCAUCACUUCCUGUUGGGUCACAGCCAUGGAACUGACUGGGUGGAGUAUGAUGCUAGCGGCUGGUUGAGCCAUGCCAAACAGAAUCCUGCCUCUCAGAAUGCAGCCAUUUUACUGCAGGACUCUCAGAAGAAGAAUAUCAGCGGCUUGUUUAUGGGGCGUUCAGGGGGUGCCACAGUUUUGUCAGGCUCUAUUGCUGGGCUUGAGGGCGGAUCACAGUUGGCCCUGCGCAGGGCCACAAGCAUGAGAAAGACCUUCACUACUGGUGUGGCCGCUGUUAAGAAGAAGUCCCUCUGCAUCCAGAUUAAACUACAAGUGGAUGCGCUGAUAGACACAGUGCGGCGAUCCAGGGUGCACUUCGUGCACUGUUUGCUGCCUAAAGCGGAGACUUCGGCUGGGGAUUUGAAGGUGCUGGGAAGACCCUCUUCUCGCUCUGGGGAGAUAGAGGCACACGGAGAAAGCUGUGACAAUGGCCUCAUGCAGCUGGAUGUGUGCUUGCUCCGGGCACAGCUCCGCGGCUCCAAACUGCUCGACGCCCUGCGUAUCUACCGCCAAGGUUAUCCCGAUCAUUUGGUCUUUUCGGAGUUCCGUCGCCGCUUUGAUGUGCUGACCCCCCACCUGACGAAGAAACAUGGGCGGAACUACAUCGUAACCGAUGAGAAAAGGGCUGUUGAAGAGCUGCUGGAGUCUCUUGAGCUGGAAAAAAGCAGUUAUCACAUGGGCUUGAGCAGGGUGUUCUUCAGGGCAGGUGUUUUGGCUAAGCUAGAGGAGCACAGAGAUAUCCAGACCAGACGCAACAUCACCCUGUUUCAGGCAGCUUGCAGGGGCUACUUGGCACGACAAGCCUUCAAGAAGAGGAAGAUCCAGCACAUGGCAAUCCGCUGCAUCCAGAAAAACAUCAAGAAGAACCGGGGUGUGAAAGGCUGGCCGUGGUGGAAGCUCUUCACCACCGUCCGUCCUCUCAUCGAGGUUCAGCUUACAGAGGAACAGAUCCGCGGCAAAGACGAGGAAAUUCAGCAACUCAAGUUGAAGCUGGAGAAAGUGGAGAAGGAGAGGAAUGAAUUGAGACUCAAUAGUGACCGACUGGAAAGCAAGAUCACAGAACUCUCAUCAGAGCUCGCCGAUGAGCGCAACACGGGCGAAUCCGCCUCGCAGCUGCUGGAAUCUGAGACCUCGGAUAGACUGAGGCUAGAGAAAGACAUGAAAGAUCUACAGGCCAAGUUUGACACUAUGAAGAAGCAGAUGGAGUCUAUGGAGAUGGAGGUGAUGGAGGCACGACUCAUACGGGCAUCAGAGCUCAAUGGGGAAAUGGACGACGAUGACACUGGAGGAGAAUGGAGGCUCAAGUAUGAGAGAGCCAUCAGAGAGAUUGAGUUUACCAAGAAGAGACUCCAGCAAGAGUUCGAUGACAAACUAGAGGUGGAGCAGCAAAACAAGAGGCAGCUCGAGAGAAAGCUGACAGACCUGCAGGCGGACAAUGAAGAGGUGCAGCGUGUGGCGCAGCAGCUGAAGAAGAAAUGCCAGAGACUGACAGCCGAGCUGCAGGACACCAAACUGCACCUGGAAGGGCAGCAGAGCCGCAACCACGACCUGGAGAAAAAACAGCGAAAGUUUGACUCCGAGCAGACUCAGGCUCAAGAGGAGGUUCAGAGAGAGAAGAGUCAGCGGGAAAAACUGAGCAGAGAGAAAGACAUGCUGACCGGGGAAGUGUUCAGCCUCAGACAACAACUGGAGGAUAAGGAUCUGGAGAUAUGUGCUGUCAAUCUGAAGCUCGAGCAAAUGGAAGCAGAGCUUCAAGAUCUGAACUCACAGGAGACAAAGGAUGAAGCAUCAUUGGCCAAGGUUAAAAAGCAGCUUCGUGACCUGGAGGCAAAGGUCAAAGAUCAAGAAGAAGAGCUUGAUGAACAGGCUGGGACCAUUCAGAUGCUCGAGCAGGCCAAGCUGCGUCUGGAGAUGGAGAUGGAGAGACUGAGACAGACACAUUCGAAAGAGAUUGAGAGCAAAGACGACGAGGUGGAGGAGAUCAGACAGUCCUGCAGCAAGAAGCUCAAGCAAAUGGAGGUGCAGCUGGAGGAGGAGUAUGAAGAGAAGCAGAAGGUCUUGCGGGAGAGGAGAGACCUGGAAGCCAAGCUGAUGAGCGCUCAAGACCAGGUGAGCCACAGAGAUGUGGAAACAGAAAAGCGUCUAAGGAAAGACCUGAAGCGCACAAAGGCCUUGCUGGCUGAUGCCCAGAUCAUGCUGGAUCACCUGAAGAACAAUGCUCCAAGCAAGAGAGAGAUCGCUCAGCUCAAGAACCAGCUCGAGGAAUCGGAGUUCACAUGUGCUUCUGCAGUCAAAGCCCGAAAGUCAAUGGAAGUGGAGAUCGAGGACCUCCAUGUCCAAAUGGAUGACAUAUCUAAAUCCAAGCAGGCACUUGAGGAGCAGCUGAGUCGACUGCAGAGGGAGAAGAAUGACCUGCAGUCUCGCAUGGAGGAGGAUCAGGAGGACAUGAACGAACUCAUGAAGAAACACAAAGCCGCUGUUGCCCAGUCCUCACAGAACCUGGCCCAGAUCAGUGACCUGCAGGCCCAGCUGGAGGAGGCCAUGAAGGAGAAACAGGAUGUCCAGGAGAAGCUCACAGCCCUGCAGAGUCAGCUAGAGUUCCAAGAGCAGUCCAUGGUGGACAAGUCUCUGGUCAGCCGGCAGGAGGCCAAGAUCCGUGAGCUGGAGACCAAGCUGGAGUUUGAGAAGACACAGGUCAAACGCAUGGAGAGUCUUGUAGCAAGGCUGAAAGAGAAUCUCGAGAAAUUGACUGAGGAACGAGACCAACGUAGUGCCAGCGAGAACCGUGAGAAAGAGCAGAACAAGCGUCUCCUGAGGCAGAUCCGAGACGUCAAGGAGGAGAUGGCCGAGCUGGCCAAGAAAGAAGCAGAAGCCAGCCGCAAGAAACACGAGCUGGAAAUGGAUAUUGAGAGUUUGGAAGCAGCCAACCAGAGUCUCCAGGCAGAUCUCAAGCUGGCCUUCAAGAGGAUCGGAGACCUCCAGGCUGCUAUUGAGGACGAAAUGGAGAGUGAUGACAAUGAGGAUCUCAUCAACAGUUUACAAGACAUGGUGACUAAGUAUCAGAAACGAAAGAACAAGAUCGAGGGCGCCUCUGAUACAGACUCUGAGGUGGAGGACCGCGUUGAUGGGGUGAAGUCAUGGCUGUCCAAAAACAAGGGCUCUGCCAAGAACCUGUCAGAUGAUGGUAGUCUGAAGAGCUCAAGCCCACCCUCCAGUCGCAGACGCUUCUGCCUUGACAGAUCUGACGAGGAAGAGGAAGAAGAAAAAGAGGAAGGGAGCACGGGCCGAAGCACCUACCGCUCUCGCUAUAAACGCAGCAGCUACCUGAACGACAGCGAUGGCGAGACCACCGCAUAACCGCCCCCCACACACACAUUCACAUGCACUCAUGUUCAUAAAAGGAGGACUCAAUAUCAGUGUUUUCCUUGAACCCGAAUCCAGGAUUUCAGCAAGAGAGGAGCAUGAUGGAACGCACUCUGGCAAAGAUAUAUCCCUCAUUUCUUUCGACUUAGAUUAUUAGUAUUUUUUCACAUUUAGAGCUUUAAAGGGUUUGUACAGCAUCAUGAAUCACAGCACUGUUGACUCUUUCCUCUUUGUGUACUUUUAAUUCUGACGUUCUUCCACUUCCUUUCUAAAUAAGCAGUGACUUUACCAAACGCUGUGCUUGCAUUCUUACUCCGGUCAGGAUUCAGUAAUGGAUAUUGCUCGAGGCAACAUGCUACAGCCUCUUGCAUGGUCAGGCCUGAGCCAAAGAUCCAUGGCAUCGUGUAAACGUGAAUUUGCAAAGAAAAUAUUGUAUUACCAAAAAAAAAAAAGAAGCAUUGUUUUAGGUAUGUGAGCAUAUUAGUUUUUUGUUCUUGACUAGAGUCGAGGUGGGAUUGAUUUAAGACCACCUUCCUCUACAUUUUCGCUUUCAUAUGGUGAAGGAUUCAUGUUUUUUGCUCGAGUAAGAGAGGAAGUACAUUUCUCCUCUCUGUCUUCACUUUGUUUUGAUGUUUUAUGUGGAGACGGAAAAAAAAGCGAUCAGGUCAAUGAUACGAGAACAGGGCAGCGUUUCAGGAUGUUCAGGUCUGGACUCUCAAACCUUUUUUUGCUUCAUAAUAUGCCUUGCUUGUUCUGUUUUGACUGAAUUGACUAAGUGCUCGCUCAUAGUAGACCUUGUAUGGUUCAGUGUUUUUUUUUUCCCCAUACUUUUUUGUUUUGGUUUUUGUUGUUGUUCUCAGGCUUUUUUGUUUUGGUUAUCAUAGAUGUCUGGCUUUCCCAAGGGAAUGCCCAUAUUCUUGGCUAUAUGGGGCAUUGUGGUAAUUUAUCACCCAACUAUACCAAUACUGGAUAAACCGCUUCAAAGUUGCUUUUUGUGCUGAUAUGAUGCGACCAGAAGCACGAGAUGGAGACGUUUGACAGAACCGAUACUGUGAAAUCCCAGCUUCCCUGCGGCAUGUAUUCACAUUGGAUUCUUCAGUAUUUUUGGCCUUACCUAAUGACUUUGAGACUCAAUUGAACCUCUUCGGACAAGCACCCCAUUGUUGCCUUCUGUUGUUUUGUUGUUUGCUUUCAUUGUAGUAUUUAUGAUCUAGCGUUGAUGGAUUGAGCGAAGCUGGCAAAAUAUAAAGCAACAGCAUAUGAAAUGGCAAUGAAAGGAUGUCAUUGCUUCUCUUUGAUUUUUAAAGGGAGACCGUGUGGGUAUUUUACAUGGUUUUAUAGACCCUCUGCAAAGGUCAACCACUUUAUCCUCUUUUCUAUGCACUCAGUAUUUGUUUUAAUAUGAAAAAUUAGCAUUUUAUGAUGUUUCUGGCUAAUUAUGGCAACAAGAUGCAUAACGUUUGCUGGCUGUACACAUUAAUAUAAAAAUAUAUAAAUAUCUGUAUGAUUCAUUCUAGCUUUCAAAAUAGCUCAUGUUUAUUUUCUUUAUUGAAUAAAUGACCACUUGAUAAGUAAUAAUGUUGCAUUACAGUUUAAUAUAUUGUAAAUAAAUGAUGGUGAUUGUUUUA